CCUCCACACCCAUUACUCCAUACGGGGUCUACGACAACCUCGCCCAUAGCAUCAUGAAGGAAGAGUGCGACACCGGCUACUUCAGCUCGUCCGACAUCUCCAGAGUGACUCCAGAUGGCGACAUCGCCGACGACGUCCUUGACAGCAGGCCGGAUUCACCCAGCAGUGACAUGUCAGAGAAACGACCUGUUGAAAACACCGUGUUCGCCACACCAGUCAUACCCGAUUACAAACCAGAAUUCACCAGCUUGCCGAUCAUACCACAGAUUGUCCCAGAGAUCUUCAAGGUCAACCCAGAGGUCAACCAUGAGGUCCACACUAGUUCAAACCACAAACACAAAAAUGCAAGUCUCCAAACCUCAGAUCCUUCUUCCUACACUCUCGAGUCUCUACCCAAGAAGAAGCCUCACCAAGAACCGGGCAACUACGAGUGUCUGACUUGUGGGAAAGUGUUUGCAUGGAAGACUGGUCUUGUGACCCACAAGCGUGUACAUACCGGUGAACGACCCUACAAGUGCCCAGUCUGUCCUAAAGCCUUCAGCGACUACUCCACAUGCAGCAAGCACUGCCGCAUCCACUCCGGCCACAAGCCCUACAGUUGCGACGUCUGUGGCAAAGCCUUCACUCAGUCAGGCAGCAGCAACAAUCGCUACCGCUCAAAGUGUCCAGGCCCCCUGUCCCUACAGCCCACACAGCGUUUCCAGCCCUACCAGAGACCCUCUCACUCACUCAGAUUUGCUCCAAAGUCCGACUGUGUUUCCCCACUAGUCCAGACCAGAGACUACGUCCCGACCCCUCCCUGUCCCGCCCCAGGAACCUGGGCCAACACCUUCAGCUUCGACGACUACAGCACAAAAGUGUGGGCAACGGACAUGUUCCAUCAACAGCGGCUCCAGGUGCAGACUGCGUUGAUCCAAAGAGAGAUCCUGAUGUCGACCCCUGGUAUCAACCCCUACCCGAGUUGUACUUACACCCCACGAGCCUCCACACCCAUUACUCCAUACGGGGUCUACGACAACCUCGCCCAUAGCAUCAUGAAGGAAGAGUGCGACACCGGCUACUUCAGCUCGUCCGACAUCUCCAGAGUGACUCCAGAUGGCGACAUCGCCGACGACGUCCUUGACAGCAGGCCGGAUUCACCCAGCAGUGACAUGUCAGAGAAACGACCUGUUGAAAACACCGUGUUCGCCACACCAGUCAUACCCGAUUACAAACCAGAAUUCACCAGCUUGCCGAUCAUACCACAGAUUGUCCCAGAGAUCUUCAAGGUCAACCCAGAGGUCAACCAUGAGGUCCACACUAGUUCAAACCACAAACACAAAAAUGCAAGUCUCCAAACCUCAGAUCCUUCUUCCUACACUCUCGAGUCUCUACCCAAGAAGAAGCCUCACCAAGAACCGGGCAACUACGAGUGUCUGACUUGUGGGAAAGUGUUUGCAUGGAAGACUGGUCUUGUGACCCACAAGCGUGUACAUACCGGUGAACGACCCUACAAUUGCGACGUCUGUGGCAAAGCCUUCACUCAGUCAGGUAACAGACUGAGGCAUAUGAGGACUGUACACGAGGUUACUCUGUGGAAGCCACGGAAUAUCUCGUGUGAUGCCAAACAGAUAUACAAUGAUAUCCGCAGCAGCAACAAUCGCUACCGCUCAAAGUGUCCAGGCCCCCUGUCCCUACAGCCCACACAGCGUUUCCAGCCCUACCAGAGACCCUCUCACUCACUCAGAUUUGCUCCAAAGUCCGACUGUGUUUCCCCACUAGUCCAGACCAGAGACUACGUCCCGACCCCUCCCUGUCCCGCCCCAGGAACCUGGGCCAACACCUUCAGCUUCGACGACUACAGCACAAAAGUGUGGGCAACGGACAUGUUCCAUCAACAGCGGCUCCAGGUGCAGACUGCGUUGAUCCAAAGAGAGAUCCUGAUGUCGACCCCUGGUAUCAACCCCUACCCGAGUUGUACUUACACCCCACGAGCCUCCACACCCAUUACUCCAUACGGGGUCUACGACAACCUCGCCCAUAGCAUCAUGAAGGAAGAGUGCGACACCGGCUACUUCAGCUCGUCCGACAUCUCCAGAGUGACUCCAGAUGGCGACAUCGCCGACGACGUCCUUGACAGCAGGCCGGAUUCACCCAGCAGUGACAUGUCAGAGAAACGACCUGUUGAAAACACCGUGUUCGCCACACCAGUCAUACCCGAUUACAAACCAGAAUUCACCAGCUUGCCGAUCAUACCACAGAUUGUCCCAGAGAUCUUCAAGGUCAACCCAGAGGUCAACCAUGAGGUCCACACUAGUUCAAACCACAAACACAAAAAUGCAAGUCUCCAAACCUCAGAUCCUUCUUCCUACACUCUCGAGUCUCUACCCAAGAAGAAGCCUCACCAAGAACCGGGCAACUACGAGUGUCUGACUUGUGGGAAAGUGUUUGCAUGGAAGACUGGUCUUGUGACCCACAAGCGUGUACAUACCGGUGAACGACCCUACAAGUGCCCAGUCUGUCCUAAAGCCUUCAGCGACUACUCCACAUACAGCAAGCACUGCCGCAUCCACUCCGGCCACAAGCCCUACAGUUGCGACGUCUGUGGCAAAGCCUUCACUCAGUCAGGUAACAGACUGAGGCAUAUGAGGACUGUACACAAGGUUACUCUGUAAACCUUCGCUCUGUAAAUCACCAGUGCUAUCUGUUUCUACUGUAUACUACGAG